AUUUUACAAUUGUUAUAACUAAAAAAAAAAAAAUGCUACAAAACUUUGUAGAAAAUCGACAAGAAAAAGUUUACCGGAGAUUCAUCGGAUGUCGAAACGGAAGAAUCCAAAAAGUGAAAAACACUUAUUACAGUUUAAUUGGUUCCCCGUACAUCGGGUUUACGUCUACCCACAAAGGGCGGGAAUCUCCAUAUAAGCAGUUAAUUGGGAAACGAUCAUGCUGACGUGGCUACUUCAUUUUCUCUCCACGUGUGCAUUUCAGUUUGCCAUUCUCUUCACCGUCCUCUGCUUCUUCCCCCAAAAAGCCAGAACGCCCUAGCCUUUUGAAUCCAUAUUCAGAGAUUCAACCACCGGCAAUGGCGUCGCAAAAUCGAUCUCCGAUGUAUCCUCAGGUCGUCGACACUAAUCACGAUAAUGCCAUUCCUCACUCCUCCACUCGCCCCAAUAUGUAUCCAACCAUUGAUAUGAAAGAUCUGGUGGAAAACCUCUUCCCAGACAAUGAAGAAUCAGCCCCUGGAAAUUCCAAUUGUUCCCCUUCCGCCCCUCCGGAAUCCACAGAGGAAAUCCUCCUCACCGUUCCCGGCGCCAUCGUCCACUUGAUUGACAAGCAAUACUCCGUCGAGCUCGCUACCGGCGAUUUGGUCAUCCACCGUCUCCGGCAAGGGGAUAAUACAGUCGCUGUUCUGGCCAGCGUCGCCGAUGAAAUCCAAUGGCCUUUGACCAAGGACUUGGCCGCCGUCAAACUCGAUCAAUCACAUUACUUCUUCUCCUUCAGCGCGCCAAAAGAGUACGGCGGCGAAUCAGACUCCAGCGAUGAGGAAGAGCGCGGGAAACAAAAGAAGAAGAAAGAUAAAAGUAAAAAUAAAGAUAAAAAGGAGGCAGAAAAUGACUCCUUGAGCGUCUUGAGUUACGGAAUGACGAUUGCCUCAAAGGGGCAGGAGGAUUUACUGAAGCAAUUGGACGGAAUAUUGGAGAUAUCAACUACGUUUUCGGUUCAAAAAUUAGAUGAAAAGGCGGUGGUGGAGCUGGGCGGAGCUGUGGCAGGACAAGUGUCUCCGGCGGAUUUGACGUCUGUGAAGAAGAAGGAAGUUAUUGAGGAGCGUUGUGCGGCGUAUUGGACUACUUUGGCCCCUAAUGUAGAAGAUUACAGUGGAACUGCGGCAAAACUUGUUGCUGCAGGUUCAGGUCAGUUGAUUAAAGGGAUUCUGUGGUGUGGAGAUGUAACUGUGGAUAGAUUGAAAUGGGGGAAUGAGAUUUUGAAGAAAAGAAUGACCACAGGAUCCAAAGCUGAAGUUAAUCCUGAUACCUUAAAGAGGAUUAAAAGGGUUAAGAGAAUGACUAAGAUGACUGAAAAGGUGGCACUUGGGGUUCUCUCUGGGGUUGUCAAAGUUUCUGGUUUCUUCACCAGUUCUGUUGCUAACUCCAAAGCUGGAAAGAAGUUCUUUGGCCUGUUACCAGGGGAAAUGGUCCUAGCCUCUCUGGAUGGAUUCAGUAAAAUCUGUGAUGCUGUCGAGGUAGCCGGAAAGAAUGUAAUGUCUACCUCAUCCACUGUGACAACUGGACUUGUCUCCCACAGGUGAUAUUGACUUGUUCACAAUUAAGCUUGCAAAAUUAAUGAGUAAACAAUGCUUUACCUGACCUGAUACACACUAUCACUAUCUCAGGGAUUGAUUAUCCUUCAAGCUAAGAUGUUAAAGAACAUACAUCUUCUGAAGGAAAUUCUUUUGUUGCACUGUCACAUUUAGGGAUAAAAUUCAGUUUCAAGUGUCAACUUUGUCUGAUGUUGCUUCAGUGCACACAUUGUUACUUAUCCUGGAACUUCCACAAGCUUAUACAAUUUAGUCAAAUUCUUUCCUUAGCAUCCUUUACCUUCUUCUUUAUCUGUUCAAUAGAAAGAAAAACAACUCUGAAGUGUUCAAUCUUUAUUUUUCAGAUUUCAAGUCUCAAUACUGUUAAGCAUAUGUUGAUGAGUAGCACUAUGUAAUAAGUUAAUAAAUUAUUCUAGUAAUUAUUGCUUGUUUAUUUCCUGUAACCAAAUUCAGGCCACACAUAAAGUAUUUUUUUGGUAUUUUUUUAUCUUUUUGGUGUGCAGGUAUGGGGAAGAAGCUGCAAAGGCAACAAGUGAAGGGCUUGAUGCUGCUGGACAUGCCAUUGGAACUGCAUGGGCUGUGUUCAAGAUCAGGAAAGCCCUGAAUCCGAAAAGUGUGUUGAAGCCAAGUUCCUUAGCCAAAUCUGCUGUAGCCAAGAAUUCUAAGUAGCAGCUGGCUAGCUGCUGGUUGUACUUGGAUUUGCUAUUCUGGUGAUGUCGAUAUGCUAAUGAUCGCAGAUAGACACAACGCUUAGAGUAGGUCUCCUAUCCUUGAUUACUUUUGCAAGUUAGUUAUGAUACGAAAUCCUCUAGUUUUUCGUAAAUGAAAGCUUUUCCAUUAUUAUUUAUCUGUAAUCUAUCUAUUGUGAUUCUGAUUCAGGCGUUGAGCACCAAUUUUGAACUUUAAACAGCAUUAAUUCACAGCUUGAUGUUCAAAACCAGUAAAAUGCCAUUCGUUGAUUGAUUCUAAUCUUCAUUCUGAA